UGAAAAUAGUUAUCUAAAACAAUUUUUAUUAGAUGAAUUAGAAAGUAAUGCUGAAGUUAUGCUGAUAAUGCAGGAAAAAAUAUAUGGUCCCAUAUUUGAAAGACUUGCACCGAUGCCAUACGCAAGUCAUAUAACCAAUGCAGCCUCAAACCUUGCAAACAAAUUAAAACCAUAUAUCGCAAUUCAUUGGCCAAGUGGGAUUACAAAUAUUUAUUUGGCUACGGAUUAUCCACUUGCUGAAUAUAUGCAUAAUACAGCACAGUCUGAUACAUUUUAUCAUAUUUAUGAAGAACACCUUAUAGCCAUGAGAAUUUUAAAUUCUUCACUUAAUAUAAACACUUGGGUUUCAACACAUGCGUUAGAUUAUCUUAAAUUAUCACUAUACCCUACAAAAACGAAACAAUUACAAGAGGAACUUGGUGGUGGUGGUAUCCAAGGAAUUCUUGAUAAAUUAAUUUUAAUACAAGCUGAUUAUUUUAUAGGUGGUCCUAAAAAUUGCUGUAGAGACAGUAGUACUUACACAUUUCAAAUUGAGGAAGCAAGGAAGGAAUCAUUUAAAAAUAACAGAACAAUUAAAAAUGUUAUUGAUAG